AUGAGGUCCCAGUCGGAGGAACGGGAGAGCGGCUGCAGCAGCAGCAGCAGCGGGAGGACCCAGGAGCCCCAAAGCCCCGAGAAGUUCCAGCGCGUCCACGGCAAAAAGAAGCGAAAAGGGGGCCGUGUGGUCGGCUUGAGCCAGCAGCGGCAGGCGGCCAACGCCCGGGAGCGGGACCGCACUCACAGCGUGAACAGCGCUUUUACCGCACUCCGCACCCUCAUCCCCACAGAGCCCGCGGACCGUAAACUCUCCAAGAUCGAGACCCUGCGCCUGGCAGCCAGCUACAUCUCCCAUCUGGAAAACGUGCUCUUGUUCCCACCCGAGUCGUUUGGGGGUCCCCAGGCCCACCCCCCGCUUCACUAUCUGCCCUGCCUGCGGGACAGCGAAGAAGGUGCUGGUGGCGGCCCCUACGGAAGCGUAGGAGCACCGCGUCCCAUCUGCACCUUCUGCCUCAGUCACCAGAGGAGGGUGUACAAAGAAGGGGAGAAGCAAUGA